UGAUAUUUUUGUAUGUUCACAUUUUGCUAAAAGAUUUAUUCAUCUAGGUUCCACUGAGACAAUUUACACAAAAAUUGACUUUCAAAAAUGAACCUAUAAAGAUAAAUAUUCAGUGGAGUAAAACUGGAACAUCUAGGCUUGGUCUCCUCUCUAUUUAAAACUUAAACAUCAAAAGGACCUUGCAAAGUGUGUCAUAUAGGCUACUACAUCAUUUUGUUUUGCUACAUUAGACUGGCUUCAUCUGUGAGAUAACUGAUACUGUGAUUUUCUUUUAACUGAUGUCUCAGCUGGCACAUUAAGCUUAUUGUACAUUAUUAAACCUAUUACUUUCCUUGAAAUGUUGCAAAUAUUUUUCUUAUUACAUUUUAUAUCUUUCAUGGGGCGUCGUUUGAGAGUUUAAAUUAUCACUGCUCAUCAGGCGCUGUCCCCUCCUACUCUCUUCCACUCAUAUAUAGAGCAGACUAAUAUUACACGAACAGCGGGGCACGGUCAGCCCCACUUUUUAUCCCGAGCUUAAGUUAAACUCUCACUUAAGACAAACAGAAUGACGAGAAAAGGAGUUCGGGAUCUCUACAAAAGAAAGUAGCGAAGGCAGGUUGUCCCUCAGCCAUUCUCAAGGAGGGAACCAAAAUAGACGGCGUGAUGUUUGGGAUGGUCUUUUUUCUGAGGAAAACGGAACGACCUUUUGUUUUGACAUUUUCAAGAAUCUACAAGGGUUAGUUGGACUUCUUUCGCUCCCAAAGGUGUUUGAAAUUGAUAACAGGGCGAGUAUGGGUGAGACAAAGGGCUCUACCCAUCGACGGCUAUUCUGGGGCACCGCAUAGCUCACGAGAGUGUUGAGAACGACCCGCGCUCUGGACAAUAUCUGGUUUCACAUAUCCAAGGAACAAAUAUGGUGCGUCUUUUAAUUUAUUUUCCGACUCUUUGGACGUCCAGAGAACUGCCUGACUGUUGUAGGUGACACGGAGAAAUUAAUUUGAACGAUUUUGGGAUGAAUAAGUGGCGCGCGCAUCUCUCGCAUGAGCGCAGGUGGACCUAAUGAAGAGGCGCUGUAGUGAACGAAAAGAAAACGCGCAAAACCCAGCGAUAUUUUCAGCUGAGUAUUUUGUAAGUCACUUCUGUGGUUUUGUUGGGCUUAUUUUUUUCCCGUUCGUCCAAUUCCAACUGUAAAUAGGCAUGUGUGGAAUAAGGCUGCUCUUUUGAGGGACAGCGUAUUAACGGGAGGAUUUUUCUCUGGACUGCUACAGUUUAUCCAUUUACGCAUCACUUUCACUUGAAUCCCCAUUGUCGCGUGGAUAUUCAUCGUAUUAUCGAUUCCCGGCGUCGAGUGAAAGAAUGCCUGAGGACCUCUCCGCGGCCAAAGCCCUCUACAUGGGCAUGGAGGUUGUGAUCGCCGUGUCAUCCGUGAUAGGAAAUGUGAUGGUGGUUUGGGCGGUAAAAAUUAAUAGAUCUCUGAGAGACACUACGUUUUGCUUCAUCGUUUCUCUGGCGCUCGCGGACAUUGCAGUAGGAGCGCUGGUCAUACCACUGGCGAUAACUAUAAGUAUCGGACUCCAGACUCACUUCUACAGCUGUCUGCUGGUGGCGUGCACGGUGCUGGUUCUAACCCAAAGUUCUAUCCUCGCCUUGCUCGCUAUAGCCAUCGACCGAUACCUGAGGGUCAAGAUCCCAACCAGUUAUAAGCGAGUGGUCACUCCCAAACGAGCUGGAAUUGCAGUGUUCGUGUGUUGGACGGUGGCCUUCAUAGUCGGCUUGACUCCCAUGCUGGGCUGGAACAAUUUACACAACCUGCAACAUAAUAACAACGGCUCAAUUGGCCCUGACCUCAUCGUCACCUGCCAGUUUGAGAACGUCAUCAGCAUGGAGUACAUGGUCUACUUCAACUUUUUCGGUUGGGUGCUUCCCCCUCUGAUUUUCAUGCUCAUCAUUUACUCUGAAAUCUUUUACAUGAUCCACAAGCAGCUAAAUAAGAAGGUGUCCAGCCACUCUGAACCAAACAAGUAUUACGACAAAGAACUGAAGCUGGCGAAGUCCCUGGCACUAGUCCUUUUCUUGUUCGCUGUUAGCUGGCUUCCUCUCCACAUUAUGAACUGCAUCACACUCUUCUGUCCGAAGUGUGAGAAGCCCAUGUUCCUCAUUUAUAUUGCCAUUCUGCUCACGCAUGGCAAUUCUGCUGUCAACCCUAUCAUUUAUGCUUUCCGCAUCAAGAAAUUUCGUACUGCAUUCCAACGGAUCUGGAAGCAGUACUUCUGCUGCAAGGAGGCUCCUCCCCCUGAGAGCCAGCUGAGCGAGAGACUGGAUCACAACCACUACAUCGCUGCCGCUGCCGCCGUCGCUGCUCCCGAACCGGCUUUGGAACAUAACGUCUGACUGACAUCCCAGGAUUCUCUAACGAGGUUGAAUGACUUCUGCUGGCUGGACGUCCAAAGCUGUCAUGUCUUGGUUUGUCUCUUUUGAAUGUAAAUCAGAGCUCACCACAGACUCUUCUGGCUGAAAUGUCCCUUUAUUGGAAUAAUGAGACAGCAUCACUUUAAAAAGCCCAAAUGAGUCAAAAUCAUUUUGAAGACGAGGGGGAACCACAGGAAAUCUUGCUUUAUGAAGCAGCCUUGAAGGAUGCUUUUAUAUCAAAUUAGUUUGACAGUACAUAUCAUACAAUUAAAUUAUAAAAACAUCAGUAUAAUGAAUCAAAAGAAUUGCACUCAAUUGUGUUUUGUGCGGUUAUAAAAGUAUAUAUCAUCACCAGUUACUGGUUCCGUAUGAAUGUAUGCAGAACAUAUAUCAGAGCGCUGUACACUCUCAGGUUCUUGGAUAUUCUUCUUGUAUUCUGAACCUUUGUGCACAAUGACAGGAAGAGGAUGUCAGAAAUAGUGACAUGGAGGUGGACACAGGUUUUUCUUGUCCUAUUAUGGAGUGUCUCAGCGCAGGUCUGUUAUUGUAAAGGACAAAAAAAAAAAAAAAAAGGCACUGCAGGCAGCUGACAUUGGAUUUUACUCACAGAUGCAGCGAGGUUCUCUUGCCUUUUAGCAAAAUUGUGUGCGUGUGUGUGUGUGUGAAGCGUAUGAUUGGUUGCAUGCCACAACAAAACUGGAAUUGUUUGAGGAUAUGAAGAUACAAUGAAGUCCUAGUAUUUAUCCUUUUUGGUGACUGGAAAACAGAAGCGAAACUGUCAGUACCUAAGUCUAAAUCUCCACUAUUUGAACAUAUUCAGGGUUAAUAAAUGAUCAAAACCAAUACUGUAUUACCUUUCAGUAUUAUAACAGAAUUUAGGUAUACUUUUUCCAGAAUCAUAAUGAUCAGUUUUAAAACAAAAGUAUGCUACACUACUGAAGUUUAUUUUGACGUCUUUUUGGGUGAAGUAACCCCUUUAAAGGUGAAAUGUGUAAUUUUUGGGAUGAUAAAAUGCUUUCUCCUGUCCCAACAACAAAUAAUAAAGCCAUUUGUUGGUUGAUUUCCCUGAAAAGUUUAAACUCUGUGGCUCUGAGGUGCCAUCAAAACAUUGCUCUGUUUGUUUGAGCAUCCUGACCAGCUUGACACCGACAUCCUGACCGUGAGUUUGGGGCGCCAGUUGCACAUGGGGGAGUGUUUGGGAAUUAUUUUUGCAAUUCCGUUUGGUCACUCUAGUGGCGCACGAAUUACACACUUCAUUUGUCACACUAGUGUGGGGUUUUUGAUCUCACAUGCGGAUGAAAUACCAGGUCUAUACUGACAUCAAAGCUGAACAUGUAUCUAAUCUGUACAUAGUAAUGUUAUGCACUAUGUCCAAGUACAUUAUGUUCAUAAUUGUUAAACAGACGGUUGUGUAAUUACAAUCAUUUGUACAUGAAAUAUUUCUGAGUAAAUGGGAACAAUGGGCUAAUUCAUUUUGCAAUCUUGUUUUUACUUCACUGCAACAGACAGACAUGGUAUAAAUGAGUGGCACUGCAUUGCCUGAAUGAGGAGGUGGGAGCUUCCUGUCCCUGAACCCCAUCCAUUCUCAAUAUGAUUGAAAAUAUCACUUUACUAUCAAUGGAAAUAGUUCAUCAUCAUUCAUCAUUUUUACUGUCAGCAUAUUUGCCUUACUCUAGCUGUUGAUAUCAUCUUUUGUUUGUCUCAUGCUAAUGAAAGACAAUUAAAAAAAAAUCAUUUAAAAAUUACUCUUGUGUUAAUUAAUAUAUUUAUGGCCAAAUAAUCCUCUAUUAUGCAAAUGUUCCUCUCAUGCAUGAGCAGAAAGCAGCCAAGAAAGCAGUGAAGAUUCUUAGUAGAAAUAACACAGGUCCCAGGGGUCCACAUGUGUGGGUAGUGGGUCGGUUG